UUUCAGUGCUCAGCUUAUGUACAUUAUUCCCUCUAUAGCUACAUCGCAGAUACCUUAAGUUGCUCGGACUCGGUUGCGGAUCUAGAGGUCGGAUUCAACAAAAUCUAAAUUUUAAGAUUCGGAAGUACGGAUCCAGUGUGUGCAGAUGAUUUAGGUGGCCAAAAUAUGGGAACUGUGAACUUCGUCUGGAAUUUAGCUAAGAAUUAUUUCACCUUUGGGCUCAUAGGCCUUACCAUCUCUGAUCGGUAUGCUAGUAUUGUCCCUGUUGGUGGCAUUUCAAUGUCUCCCACAUUUAAUCCACAUGAUGGCAGUUCCGUGAGAUCCUUGACUCGUGACUUUGUUGUAGUGGAGAAGCUUUGCCUAGAAAAAUACAAGUUUUCCCUCGGCGAUGUGGUUGUCUUCAGCUCUCCGACUAAUCAUAAAGAGAAAAAUAUAAAGAGAAUAACAGCCUUACCAGGUGACUUGGUCAGUACCCCUCAUUAUGAUGCAGUAGUGAUCCCUGAAGGACAUUGUUGGGUUGAAGGCGACAAUCAGGCUUGGAGCUUGGACUCAAGAUCCUUUGGCCCGAUCCCUCUGGGUUUGGUUCGUGGCAGGGUUACCCAUGUUGUAUGGCCUCCUCACCGGGUUGGUAAAGUUGAAAGAAUGACACCAAAUAGCAUAGCACCUUUCUAAUUGUAUUUUGAGUAUAUCACAAAAUUCAACUUGAUUUAUUUCUUAGGCAGUUGCCUCCUAUAGGCAGCUCUUCUGUAGGAAGACAUCAACAUUUGAGUAUUAUAGGCUGCAUAUUCAGUUACUCACUGUUCAUUGUAGCCCAGAAUCAUUCUCUUGUAUGUGUUUAUUUCUUGGAAAUUUGUGCUGCUGUAGUGGAACAGUUAAAAUUCUGAUUGCUUUA